AUGACGUCAUGUUUGCGGGAAUUCGAGGCUUUCGCGAAAGACUGAUAGGUCUCGUGCAGGACUUGUUGUGAAAAGAACUGUGACGCUGUGAGGAAGCGUUAUGCGUUGUAAACCCGAGGCCAGCCGUGGCAACCGAUAGGCAUCAAGAUUUGCUGACCCCGUACACAUGGCUUGUUUUGUUUUGUUUACAUCGUAAUCUGUCAUCUCUCGCGAGUGUGUACAUCGUUGCAACAGCAACUGGAUGCACCUGCAGUAAUCUGAGCCUUCAGUAACGCCAAAUCGUCUGUCGCUUUUUGGACGGCUGUGCAGCACGGCGGGAAUGGCAGAGGACGGAUGCGGGCCGGGUGAACCUGUGUCGAAGGUCCUACGUGUCGGUGAGACACCCGAGAGGGAGGUAGCGGCCGAUGUGCAUGGUAUAAAUAUUGACCGGCUUCCAGAUGAAAUGUUGAUCAAUAUAUUUUCCUCCCUCGGCUUUAACGAGCUCAUAGACAUUGUACAAAAUGUUUGCUUGCGUUGGAGGCGACUAGCACACGACCCGACACUCUGGCUAGACAAGGAGUACAUCGUCAGGGGAAGAUCCAGCAUACUCCAAGGAAGGAGUUGCUGUGGGGUCAUCUGUUCAAAGUGCAUCCACUGCAGAUGUGAAAGUACAGAUGAACAGGUCCUACGGACAGCAGAAAUGGUUCCACAGCUGCGUAAAUUAACGUUGAUGCGGAAAAUGAAAGUCGACGUCUUGCACAAAAUCUGCACAAAUUGGCCGAACCUGACUUGUCUGCAAGUUGAUUACAGGCAGGAGAUGACUUACUCAGUAAUGAAACAUAUAUUUGAGAAGUGUCCAAGAAUAAAGAGCCUGAAGCUGUGGACAACCAUGCUGAUUGACCAAAGGUGUAUGGAAUUGUUGUCCAGCUUGGAACAUUUGAGCACUCUGCAUGUGCUCCUGGACAGGCCUCAUAUGACGCCUGUAAGGCUCCGUCUGUUGUCUGAUGCCUGUCCACGGCUGAAGGAGAUACACAUUGACUGGAACUAUUUUACCCCACAGGACUUUGAAUACUUCUUGAAGGCAAACAAGCAUACCCUAACUUCCGCCACACUGCUUUGGACAGUGGGAAAAGUGCAAAAGACGUCUGUUGUGCCUCUGCUGAAACAGUGUAGCACUUCACUCAGAAAACUGCGGCUGGUAUUUUUUGACACACCACGCGCAAUGGAGGCUGUGGCAUUUGAAGCUCUUGGAGAACUGCACAGUCUGCACGAGCUGUCCAUCCAGUAUCUGGGUACAUUUGAACCCCAACUGAUCUCUCGUGCAUUUCGGCCUGGAUGUCUGACACAGCUGCGACGGUUGCUGAUGCAGUAUACGACUGACCUUCUGGAUGAGACAGUGAUUACCAUUUCCCAGGGCUGUCCUAACCUGCGUGAGCUGAGGAUAUGCGCCUCGUACAAAAUUACCGACGUAGCACUGAGUGAGAUACACUGUCUGAAACAUUUGGAAAUAUUGGAGCUUUCCCGGUGCAAUGGGCUGAGUGGCACUGCCAUGGCUUAUAUUUCACAGCUACCAACUCUGCACACACUAAUUCUUCAAUGCACUGAAGACUUGGCAAAACUACUGCCAAGCCUUCGACUCAUUGUGGAACUGAAGGAGCUACGGUGUCUAGAUAUAUUGAAGAGCGGCAAUAUCAAAGCUGUGCCAUUUGAUGAAUUUCCCAACAGGCUAUUGAAGCUCAGGGAGCUCCGUGUGACAUAUGAGAGUGAAAAUGAUUUCACUGAGCUGCAACGUAAAAUGCCGAAUCUCAAGAUCUCCAACACUGCCUGGGUGACAGAGGAUGAUUUCCCAAAAGAUGACGAUGCAGAUUACAGUCACCAUGACGGAUGAUUUAUAAUCCUUGUUCACAAUUUGGUUGCGUUACCUGUAAUUGUGCCCGUGAAGUCUCUUUGUCUUCCUCCUAUUGUUCUCCGACUAUUAAUGGACAUAACAAAGAUUCGUUAAAUAAAGAGCAAAACAUUGCAGCAACUGGGUAUUCAAUCUCUUCAUAUUUAUUAAAACCCAAUGUUUCCUCUUUUUGAUUAGUUUUGUAACCUCAAGGAGCUUCAAUAUUCAAUUGAGACCUGUAAGCUACACCAAAUAACAAAAUAACACAGAGUUCACUCGUACCAGAGUGAUAUACUUCUUUACACCGUUCUGACAUACGCUGAGGUGCCAAGUAGUGGGUUCCCCCCCCGCCCGACACCUUACAUACCUAACAUAUAGUGACUGUACAUUUUAACUAAAUGAAUUGCACACCUAGCUAACCGAGCGAGGUGGCGCAGUGGUUAGCACACUGGACUCUCAUUCGGGAGGAUGACGGUUCAAUCCCAUCUCCGGCCAUCCUGAUUUAGGUUUUCCGUGAUUACCCUAAAUCGUUUAAGGCAAAUGCGGGAUGGUUCCUUUAAAAAAGGGCACGGCCGAUUUCCUUCCCAAUCCUUCCCUAACCCGAGCUUGUGCUCCGUCCCUAAUGACCUCGUUGUCGACGGGACGUUAAACACUAACCACCACCACCACCACCACCACCACCACCACCACACACCUAGUUACCAUUUGUCUUACAUAGCUCUGACCAUUUAAGGCUUUUGUGCAAUACCUCUUUAUAGACACACGGAAUACACCUAUCACAAAAUAAUAAAAUACCAGAUUUCUUUGUAUUAAUAUAAAAAACAGGAAAAUAGAAAGAGACAAAGAUGGAAUAGUCGGCUAAGCAAGUUUGCGUACUUAAUUGCUGUAUAAUUAGAAAAUGGCAAAAUUAUCAGUACUACAUUAUGGGAGAGCAUUUCACUGUGAAAGAGAAUUUCCAAAGUUUGCUAAUAACUUUCCAAAAGCUCAAGCUUUCUACUUGGAAUGUCUGUCUGCUUAGGUGGGUGGUAACGUGCCCACCUUCCAUGCGAGUGGGCCCAGGUUUGAUUCCCAACCAGGUUGAAGAUUAUCUCUGCUCAGGGACUUGGCAUUGCGUUGUCGUCGUCAUCAUCAUUUCAUUCUCAACACUGGUGUGCAAGUCACCCAAUGUAGCAUCGACUGAAAUAAGACUUGCACUUGGUGGUUGAACUUCCCCGGAUGGGGGCUCCUGGCCAGCGAUGCCAUAUGCUCAUUUCUUUUUUUCUUUUUUUAUUGGAAUAAUUGAUAGACUAAAUAGUUAUUUUAAUGAAAGUAUGUAUUUUUGGAAGUAGAAAAAUGGGGAUUACGGAACUAUUGUACUGAAUUUUGGAAAUACACUAUUUAUAUUUGGAGCCUUCUAGAACAUGAAAAUUUUCAUCUGAAUGACUUUUGAAUUAUAUAGUUAUUGUGAUAUUAAAACAUUUAUUAAGAGAAAAGGGAGUGAUUGCUUACACAUAAGCUAUACCAUUCUAGAAACUAACAAAAUUUCAUGUUCCCAAGAUUUGAGUGUACAUUAAAACUGAAUUUUUUUUGUUAAACACGAUAUUUCCAGCGAACUGAUUGUUGUGUAGCUAAAAACUGUCACUAAUUACAUUUUAUGAAAUACUACUUGAAUAAUAAGUAGAUAAUGUUGUGUAACUAUUUUAUAU